AUGGCGAUCUCGGACACCAGCGGCGGGGCUCGCCACGUGAGGUGCCCCAGGUGCCGCAGCGUCCUCCAGGAGCCCGCCGGCGUCCCCGUGUACCAAUGCGGCGGGUGCGGCGCCAGCCUCCGAGGUAAAUUCGAGCUCCACUCCGGUGAUUGGAUCUUCGCAUUUCCAUGUAAUUUGUCCCGGGUUUCUGAUUGGAUUUCGUUUUCUGGUUGCGCAGCGAAACUCCCCGGCGGCGACACGCGCGGCGCGUCCGUCAGCGCUGCUCCGUCCACGGAGAGCGUCCUGCCGUCUCCUCGCCGGAGCCAGGCUCAGAGCGGCCAGUUGGGCGGCUCCGGGGAUGUCGCGAGCACCAGUGGCACGACUCCUGACGCUCCGAGCACCAGUGGCACGACUCCUGACGCCCCGAGCACCAGCUACCGAGGCGCCGGCACGACGAGCCGACGCGAGGCCGGUGAUCUCACGCCGCCGGUCGUUGAGAGGAAGGGGCGUGAUCACCACCGGAGUGCCGAUCAGGCGGAAGCUGCUGGCAGUUCUCAACCGCGCAUCACAAGGGGUGCGGUCAGUGCUCCCAACGCCAGUGCUGCCCCGUCUUCAGCGAGUGUCCUGCCGUCUCCUCGCCGGAGCCAGACUCAGAGCAGCCACUUUGGCUCCGGGGAUGUCGCGAGCACCAGCGCCCCCGCCCCGACUCCUGAUGUUCGAACCACCAGCCCCCGGGACGCCGGCACGACAAGCCGACGCGAGACCGGCAGGGCCGUGGGCACGAGCGGCGAUCAAACGCCAGCGAGGAAGCAUCACUCCUCGGCGCAAUCGCCGCCGAUCGUCGAGAAGAAGGGGCAUGAUCACCAUCACCGGAGUGCCGAUCAGGAGGAAGCUGGUGGCAGCUCCGAACAUCGCAGGGGGAGGGGCGCGGUCAGUGCUCCCGCCGCCGGUGCAAACUUCGCCGAGAUGCGAGGUUCAGAGAGGGCACGUGAUGCCGAGCCUGAAACUGAUGCCGCGAGGAAGAAAAGUCCAAGGCCAAGCAGAGCGGAAGCUGCGCCAAUGCCUGAUCGCGCCGCGGAUUCCCGGUCUGCGCCGGCAGCGGCGAGCUGGAAACAGCGAGACGAUGCCGCGGCGGCGCCGGUGCCGGCUGUGACGGAGGAAAAGGCACCGAGCCCUCCUCGGCACGCGCCGCAGAAGAUGAGUCCCCUCCACGAGAAGAUCCUGAAGACGGUGGACGAGCUCAAAGGCGACCUCUCCGAGCUCUUCAGCCAGCCUCCGGAGGCCAAGCCAAGGACACCAUCGCGUCCGCCUCGUCGUCCCAGGCAAGAAGGCCACGCCCCUCACCCGGCCGUCCCUACCAGCAGAGCUCGCCAUGCCACCACCGCGGCCGCUCUGCACCACCGCGGCAACGCGGGCAAGCACGGACAGGCUACCCUCCGCGGUCUGCCGUCGCGGCGGUAUCGCCGGUGCAGGGCUGACCCGUGCGGCGGCCACGACGCGCGCCCGGCAGGAGCAUGCCGGCACAGCUGCUGCGACCACGUCAAGCCUGAGUGCGGCAGCUGCAGGGGGCACUGCUGCCGCCCGUCGAGAGCGCAGGAACCCGCGCGGCCGGCCGCAGCGGAGGCCAAGAAGCGCGCGCCGCCGCCGAGGCACCACUGCCGGCCGGUCCUGAAGGGCGCGCCGUUCAUCGUCUGCUCCAGCUGCUUCACGCUCGUCCAGGUGCCCGCGGGGUUCGCCGUGGCGAGCGCCAAGGUGCGCGACCUGCGGUGCGGCGCCUGCUCGGCCGUGCUCUCCUACUCCUACCGCGACCCGGACAGGAAGAAGCCCGCCGACGAGUGCAGCACGGCCGGCUCCUCCCCCGCGCGCCACGUCGGUGCGCGGCCGGACCUGUUCUCGUUCAUCGAGGACUUCGCGGCGGAGUACGGGGCGAGCAGCUACUCCACCACGGAGGACGAGCAGCCGCUGCACGUGUCGAGGAACUCGUCCUUCGACACCGUCGUCGCGGCGGGGGAGGAGGCGGCGGCGGCGCGGCGGCACAGCCACAGCCUGCACCGUCUCAUGGGGUACGGCUCGGCGAGCGAGCUGCUGCUGCGGCGCUCCCCGAGCCUGUACGAGUACGGGAGCCCCGGCAAGAGGUCGACGCCGCCGUCGGACGCCAGCAGGCGGCACGACGACAGGAAGGGGAAGGGCAUCUGCGUGGAGGACUUCACCGGCGACGAGGACUCGGACGACAGUUGCACGCUGAGGCGGUCGAACGGGAGAAGAUCUGGCUGGACGCCCGGCCACGGGGUUCCGGCGGCGGGAGCCAUCAGGAUCAGGUAG